UGUAUGCAUCCCUCCUCCAUACAUCCUCAGCCCAUCCAUCACAACCUCUUACUUUGUACAAUGGCUAACAUGUACCAUUGUUUCUUUGUGGCCUUCUUCAUCUUGGGAUCUUGGGCUUCUCAAGCCCUGGCCCGCACUCUCCAUGACUCAUCCAUGUCCGAUCUCCAUGAACAAUGGAUGGCUCAAUACGGACGCACGUACAAGGAUGCGACCGAAAAGGAACAGCGUUUCAAGAUAUUCAAGAGCAAUGUGGAGUCGAUAGAAUCUUUUAACAGCAUAGGGGACCGAUCAUACAAGUUAAGCAUCAAUGCAUUUGCUGAUCUGACCAACGAUGAGUUCAGGGCCGCUCGUAAUGGAUAUAGGCCCACCCGAGCAAGGGCAUCAGAAGCCACAUCCUUCAUGUAUGAGAAUGUUACUGCACCAUCUACAAUGGACUGGAGAAAGAAAGGUGCUGUGACUCCCAUCAAGGAUCAGGGACAAUGCGGGUGUUGUUGGGCAUUCUCAGCCGUUGCAGCCACAGAAGGAAUUACACGACUUAAAACAGGUAAGUUGCUUUCACUAUCCGAGCAAGAGCUAGUGGACUGUGACACCAAAGGUGUGGAUCAAGGAUGCAAUGGUGGCCUCAUGGAUGAUGCCUUCGAUUUCAUUCAAUACAACCGAGGACUUACAACAGAAGCUAACUAUCCAUACGAGGGAGUUGAUGGCACUUGCAACCCCAAGAAGUCUUCCGACCAUGCGGCCAAGAUCAACAGUCAUGAAGAUGUACCAGCCAACAGUGAGAAUGCACUAUUGAAGGCAGUGGCCAAUCAGCCAAUUUCAGUUGCCAUUGAUGCUGGAGGAUUUGCCUUCCAAUUCUACUCAAGUGGUGUAUUCACGGGUGCUUGUGGUACCGACCUAGACCAUGGUGUGACUGCCGUUGGAUAUGGGACUGCUGAUGAUGGGACCAAGUAUUGGUUGGUAAAGAAUUCAUGGGGCAUUGGGUGGGGUGAAGAAGGAUAUAUAAGGAUGGAACGAGAUGUCGAUGCUAAGGAAGGCCUGUGUGGCAUUGCCAUGGAAGCUUCUUACCCAACAACAUAGUAGAUAAUACAUCACACUCGAUGUUUACAACCUUUCAGCUUAUAAAUGCUCUGUCUAUUAUGUGAUGUUCUCCAGCUAGAAGUGUUCAGACUGCUCUAUAUAUGUAAUUACAUUGCAAUGUAUGAUCUCAUUACCUCAAUACAACCAUCUGGC